AACUAAAAAUAAAAUGGGUAUAAAUCGUCUUCUUCAAAAGUUAAAAUCUAUACAAACUAAAAUUUCAAUAUCAAAAUAUGCAGGAAGUACAGUAGGGGUGGACGCGUAUUGUUGGCUACACAAAGGAAUUCAUGGUGAAAUAACUUGGAAUAAACCAUACGUAGAGUAUUGCAUUAAAAGAGUGAGAAUGUUGAAGAAGUUCAAUGUCCGGCCACUCAUAGUUUUUGAUGGGGGAUAUCUACCGGCCAAAUAUCGUAUCGAACUAAUACGUGAACAAAAACGACAAGAAUACAGCAAAAUUGGACGUGAACUUUUUAAAAAAGGUCGAGUUCGCGAAUCUUUUCCUUUUUUAAAGAGAAGUGUCGAUGUUACACCAGAUAUGGCUCACAAAUUCAUCGAGGCAUUACGCGCUGAAAAUGUAGAAUAUGUUGUUGCACCUUAUGAAGCUGAUGCACAAUUGGCUUAUCUUGAGAAGAAGAAACACAUUGCAGCUAUAAUAACGGAAGAUUCAGAUUUACUAGUUUUUGGAUGUAAAACUGUAAUAUAUAAAUUAGAACUCAAUGGAAAUGGAAUAGAAAUAUGUCGGGAUAAAUUUGGAGACGUAGAAGAGAUUAAUAUGCUUGGUUGGACAGACAAAAAAUUUCGGCACAUGUCUAUGCUAGCGGGUUGUGACUAUUUGCCUUCAAUACCCGGUAUUGGUAUCAAGUCUGCGCAUAAGUAUUUAAGAAAAUAUGAAACCGUAGACAAGGUAAUACAAUAUUUGAAGGGGAAUAAUAAAGUAAAAGUACCACCAAAUUACGAGAAUGAUUUUAAAAAAGCAGAGCUAGUAUUUUUGUAUCAGCGCGUGUUUGAUAUUGAAACUGAACGUUUAGUCACUUUGAAUCCGGUUUCUGAAGAUUUGGAUAUUUCACUUGAUACGGAUUAUAUUGGAUCUAACAUGGAUAAAAAUAUCGCCUUAGGUAUUGCGAUUGGUGACAUCAAUCCAAUAACCAUGAAACCAAUAAUACAAGCGAAAGAAAACGUAGUUGAAGCAAGAAACUUAUUACCACCAUAUAGUGAAAUAGAUUUUUUGAAUGUAAAUGACCCGUUUACGUGUAAUCCGUUUGAUUUAGUCAAAACUACAACGAGUCAAGAGAAUACUCUUUUAAUCGAUUCUUUGGAGAAAAAUGGGCAAGGUUCAAUAUCACCGGCAAACAAAAACCAGAAAAUAUUUACCAACUUAACCGAAUUUAUUGAACCUAUAAAAAUGUACAGAGGAAAUUUUUCAACAAUUAAUUCGGAUGGGAUGAAACAAACGAACUAUCACAGUAAUGCUGAAUUAACGGGUAUGUUUAGAUUGUCCUAUUUCGAAUUAGGAAGUUAAUUGAUUACUCUUUUAAUAUUUUUUAAAGAAUGCGAGCGACUUGUGGCCGAAGGAUGGGCAUAUAAAUAUUCGAGAAAACGUAAAUGGGAUAAUAAAUAGCUAAAAUUUUAAUUCUGAUACAAAAUAUAUUAG